AGCAACAGAGUAAACAAACUUCUACAGUAACUUGCUUAGUCAUUAAGUAGCUUAGUUUAAAGAAUGAAAAAGUUUAAGAGUAAAAUUUAUCGCAAAUAUGAAGAUUAUAUACGACCCGAGGACUAUUUGGAGCCAGAUGCGCCAAAGCCCAUCAAUCUCAGCAUUGAUGACUUUAAUGCGCGCGGUGAAGUUGCCAAUCCGCGUGCGCCAUGCGUGGUCACCACUAUAGAUCCGGACUAUAUCAAGGAUGCAGGUCUACAGCGUUUAGCCAGAAAGUUUCGAAUGAAAACUGACAUCUUAUUGCUACGCGAGAUAACGCGAAACAAGUUCAUGUAUUAUGCCACGCAGGAAAUGUUUUUGGAUAAAAAACGGGAAGUGGAAUAUCAGAACAAACUGUUCGAGGAAUCGGAAGAGUUUCGCAAGUUUGCCGAGGAUGCACUAAUGAAAAUGAAGGCCACUGAAUUUAAGAAAAUGCGCGAAGCACAAGAUAGGCUUAAGGAGUUGAAAGAGAACAAAGUGGCCGAAGAGCUCAAUCAGGUGAAGCUGCAGCAUCAGCGGGUGCUAAUGGAGGUGCAAGAGAUCUUUGGACGCUUUCAGUAUUUACUAAAGCUUAUUAGCUACUUUGAUGACACUGUCGAGCAGCAGACGGAACAGGCGGACAGCAAGCUAACGAUGCCCAGUCAUAUAGUGAAUAUGGUGAUCAGCGAAAGGCAUCCAGCUGGGCUGGAGCAAGUGAAGCAGGUGAACGAUUAUAUGGAACUGGUGGUACGACCCUACUUGGCGAAGCGUAAUCAUUUAAAUGCCGACAUAUGGAUCAGGGGCUACGAGCGCAAUCGCAUGAAGGUUUCCAAUUAUAAUAGGAGGUUUACGCAUCUCGCACUACUGAAUCAUAUUGUUGGCAUACUUCAUGAGAAGGCCGAGAAGACACAACAGCGUAACGCAAGUGCUGUGGUGUUUCUCAAGGAUCCAGAGUUUUUGCAGCGACGUGUGGCUGCACUGCAGCAACGCGCACACGAACUUUUUGCCGACUUCGAGCAGUCCUACUGCAAGGACAAGCUGAGCUUGAAGUUGAAUAGCAUUGUGCCUGUUAUAUUGAAGCAAAUGCAAAACAAAGUCGAGCCGGAGGCGCAGCAGCCAAAGAAGGAGCCACCCAAAACGCUGCCACAGAAGUCCUCCAAGCAGUGGCGCACACUGGAGGACAUGCGUGCGCCUGUGGCCAAAAAAGCUACCGCUGUCUACAAGGACGAACAGGACACAACGCUGGCCAAAGUGGAGAAAAUACAAACAUUUGCAUUGGAACUGCUGCGAAAACUGGAUGCCGUGCCGCCAGAUGAUCUGCGUCGCCUGGAGCAGACUGUGCGUCGACGCAUUGCCAAGCAAAAGGAGAUGUCUCGCCGUGCUUUGGUUAAACAGAACAGACUGCACAACUGGAUGGAGCACUUUAAGAAGCAUCAUCGGUUGCGCCAGGCGUUGCGUAACAAACACAAGGUUUGAAGACUCGCCCAUGGCAUAUGUAAACCACAUAUUUCCA